AUGCAAGUGUUUCAGCAACAGCCGCAGCUGCUUCAGCAGAAACAACAAGAAAAUAUCGAUAAUAACAUCAACGACGGCACUGGACUUCAAUCACAGACUGCCACCGGCUCAGGAUUCAGGAAACUUAAAUCCUCGCUGAAAAUUUCGUCUGGUUGUGUGGAUUUGUUGACUUCUUCUAAUUCAGCUUCAAGUAUGAUCCCAAAAAAUGUAAGAUUCGCCCCGCAAUUGACAAAAGUUAAACGUUUCGAUUGUAACUCAGAGCCAAUCUCAAUCUCAAAUGAAAAUUCACCUACCUUAUACCCAUUGGACAACUUUUCUAAAUUCAACUUCAACUCUUCAAGAGGAUCCUCAAUAAUUAAUAAUGAUGAGGACGGCGAUGGUGACGACGCUGACGGAUUAUGGUUCAGCAAACUGGCUGACACCAGCAGCUACACUUUUAAAAAUUUUAACCUGGAUUACGAUUCAGACACAAGUUUGGAGGAUUAUCAAUUCCUAAACAACAACAUAAUCACUAACUCGUCUCAUCCCGAUGCCUUACUGCUAAAGCAUGACAACUUGAACGUUUUGAACGAUUCAAGUCUUCUCAGCAAGAAUAACAAUAACAACAACAAUAAUGAAAAUACAUUUAUAGACAACUCAUCAUUCAUUAUUAAGGAUUGGAAUUUGGCAAAUACUAACGUAUCCCCAUACACUUACAACCAAGAUACUAUUUACACCUAUUUGAAUAACCAAAAUAUAAGAUUGCAUUCUUUGAAACAAUUACCAAAUGAGACAGACAAGAUUUACGGCCUAAUAUAUGUUAACAAUUUGAAUUUUGAAAAAUUUAUAGAAAUUAAAUUCAGUUUUAAUAACUGGCAAGAUAUCCACUAUGUUACUGCAUCUUUUAACAAAUCAAUAAACUCAAAUAUAGAUGAAUUCAAGUUCGUAAUAGAUUUGAAUUCUUUGAAAUAUACUUUACAAUUUAAAGGUUUGAUCUAUAAUGAUUUCAAUUCAAAUUCCCCAAUCACAAAUUGUAACUUAAAUGUAAAUUUAUGCUGCCGCUAUGAUGUCAAUAACGAAACCUACUAUGACAACAACAAUUAUGAGAAUUAUCAAAUUUCAUUGUUGGUGAGAACUGAAGCAAUAAUUACUCAGGACGCAAAAAUUAUUAAGCAACAAUCAACUGCUCCAAUUAAACAAGACAUAGAGAAGAAUUCACAAAAAAUUUCAAGCACUGAUAGUUUCUUGUCUGAUUUUUUAACUACUACAACAUUAACUCAUAGCAAUAAACAACUGGCAAGUACUUCAAGAAAAUUUAGUGAACAUACCGAUUAUUAUAACACGUCACCUUUAAAGCAUUUGUAUCAUAAUGAUACAACUCCAAUCAAACCUGCCAAGUCAAACCAUGUUUUGAUUGCUCCUUCAAGUACAAAUAAAGGUUAUUCAUCCUUCAACUUCUCAUCCUUCUCAUCCUCAUCUUCCUCCAGUUCUUCAACAUCUCCACCUCCUCUUACUGAAGCUCCUGUUUCUAAUAUCAUGUCAUUGGCAACUUCACCAAAAUCUGAAAAUUCGAAGAAUGCUCAUAUUCAGAGCUCAGUAUCCUCCCAAUCUAUUCCAUCAUCGUUAUCUGAUUUUAUUUCUUCAGAAUCUUCUUCAAUUGAUAACAAUUACCAAACAGAACAACAUUACACUUCAGAAGCUGGCUUACUGAAACAAUUACACAACCAUUUCAACUCUAUACCAUCAUCGUCAUCAUCUAUUUCAUCUCUUAACUCAAACUUACAAUAUCCACAAACUUCAGAUAACAUUUAUUUCAAUGACAGUUAUACAAGAAAUGAUUUAUUUGAUGACAACAGAAGUGUCGUAACGGACGUCACUUCGACUUCACAAACAACGGAACAUGUCGGAAACAAUCAUGACUAUAUUGCAAAUGAUUAUGAUUUUAAUGAUACAAACAGUAUUACUACUGCCACUUAUACUAACAACAACGAUUUUGUUUCAAAUACAAAUUCAUUUUUACAAGGUACUGUAGGUUCUGUAAAUAAUAAUGUUUCCAAUUCUGGUAAUCUAUCUACAUUAGGGUUCCAUGUAAAUGAUGAAAUUGCUGCCUCCACUGACACCUUAAUCCAUCCAAAUAUCAUAUCAAUUAAUAAUAAUAAUAGUAAUCACAACAAUAACAAUAUGUAUUUAAAUGAUCCUGCAUCCGAAUCAACAGCAUUAGUAUCAGGUUCUUUGUCGGAGAGCACUUUAAAUCAAUUUCAAUUGGAUCAAUUAAAUGAUUCAAACAACAUUUUAGAUUUGGGCAAGACUAACACAGAUGAUAGUGAUUAUCAGAAUUUUUUAUUGAAUAGACAUUGUUUCUACACAUCAACUGUUGAUAAUGAACAGCCGUUAUCAUUGGACGAUCUCAAUUUUGACAAACUAUCCUCAUAG